UUAUAUUGUAAAUGCUCCAAAUUAAAAUUCUAAUAUUGUAAUUUUAAACAAGUGAACAAAAUAAAAACACAUUGUAAGGCAUUAAAGGUAAAAUAAUGAAGAAAGAUUUUAACAAAAAGGUUAGUGUAUUCACAGACAGAAAUAUCUUUCAUAAAUGUGUUGCAUAAGUAUAAAAACAAUGCAUUUCUUUUGGCAAAAAUUAAGGUUUGUAAAUGUUAAAUGUAUUCAUUUUCGCUUUUUCAUAGCUGUUUACAAUCACAAUUAUCCCUGGUCUGCUUUGGUAUUGUUUUCUUAGAUCCACAAAAGCUAUUUAUGUGACUGCUACGCAGCCUAAAGUGAAGAAAGUGUGAGCGCGUGCUCGUGUGGCUCAACGCGCGCGCAAGGGAACAAAUACCGGCGUGCGCUUCUCUGGGCAUCACUGAGACCGCUACCGAGAUGCCUGAAUGUCCUCUACCGUACAUUACAAAAAUAUCCAGCUUACCUUACAGAAAUCAACGCUUUAAGAGUUUGUAUGAAUCUCUUUAAACACAUAAUAUUUGUGGAGACGCACAAGUGACCUUGGCAAACCCGAGAGCCUCUGGAAGUUUUAAAUCACCAACAAGCGUCCAAACAAACUCAAAAUGAAUGUUUCACAAGGAUUACUAAACCGGACGAUCUCUACAGCCAAACAUACACUGGAAAGCGUCCGAGGAUGCUGCAACUUUUCGGUGAUCAGCAGCGACGGCUUCAGCGCGCCGGUGCAGGACGAGCGCGAGCAGUUCAUCAUGCGUCUCGUGCAAAUCGCCGUGCUUUGUGUCCUGUCACUUACUGUCAUCUUCGGCAUCUUUUUCCUCGGAUGCAAUCUGCUUAUUAAAUCCGAGAGUAUGAUAAACCUGCUGGUGGAGGACCGCAGACCUUCAAAAGAUGCGGAAAUUAUUAUGAUUGCUGCGUGAGUUUGCCAUAAAUCUGGCACAGACUGGAAACUUCUCGUUACAGUACAGACUGUUGGUUUGAAAUGAAGUCGACAUCUUCAUCAUCAGAGGAAGCAAAGAAUCUUAUAUUUUCUGCACUUUUAAUACUAUGCUGAACUUAUUACCAAUGCAUAUGAAAUCAGUAAAGCAGAAGAAGAUAAAGACAUCAAAUUAUUUAUUUGAAAUGUAAAAUUGUGACGCAGUUUUUUAAUGUUUUGUGGCUCCAUUGAUUCUUUUGACUUAUAAUAUGCAUGUAUUGAUUCAUUUUCAUGAGAUAUAAAAGGAUCUUUGUGCAAUCCUGCAUGCAAAAUGAAUUACAGUAAAUUGAAUAUUGAACAAUG